AAUAAUAAAUAAUUUUAAACAUGGUGUUUUUAAUCAAUGGUGUUAAACAUGCCUGUGCAGCUUGCAUAAGAGGCCAUAGAGUGAAGAAGUGUAAUCACACAGAUCGCCCAAUGAUUCCACUUGUUAAAAGAGGUCGCCAAGUCAGCCAAUGCACCCAUUGUCGAGAUUUAAGGCAGACAAAUAAAUCGCAUGUAAAAUGUACUUGUGCCAUUGCCAGUUCGCCUAAUCCUAUCAACGGAUGCCUCUGUGAAGUAUUACUUACUUGUACUUGUGUUGCUGCUCACCUACAGGAUGUCCAGGAGGACGGCAGUAGUGCUUAUAGCUCCAGUCCUUCUACGUCGUGUUGCUCUUCUUCCCCGCAAAUAUCAGAAACAUUAGGAACACCUGUGAUUGACGCCGAUUUAACGAAUAAUAUUACUCUUUUUACCAAUCAAGCAGAUCAACAAAUCAAUUCAAGUCACAAUUUCAUUUCUAAUAAUGAUGCUGAUGUCUCUGAAUUACUAAGCUUUUUACAAAAUGAUUUAGAUAACUACCUCUCCCCUUCAUCCCGUUACUGAAAUAAUAAAUAGGUGGACGUUUUGUGCAAAAAUAAAAUUUGAAACCUGCUAAAUUUCAAGUCACCAUUUGAAUCCAAUUGUCUUAUACAUACGCAUGAUACACAAAAAUUGUAUAACGCUCCUGUUAUAAAAAACAGACUUAGUG